AUGCUCGGGUCGGCUACUACAGCCGGUCAGGAUGACGAGCCGGAUCGGAUCGUAUCCGCAAGUCAAACCGUUUUAGCCGAAGCGGCUGUAGCUUCUGUGGCGGAAGGCGCUGUGGAUUUUGGGGCGGCGGAUGCACUAGCAGCGGGGCAGGGUACUGUGGGGCAGGGUACUGUGGGGCAGGGUAACGUGGUGCAGGUGUUAUCCGUGGUGGAGGGCCGGCAGCACUUCCACAUCGUCAUGCAGCUCUGCCGCGGCGGCUCGCUCGCCGAAUUCCUCGAGAAACGCCGCCGCGGCCAAGUCGCCACCUUGGCCGCCGCCGCCGCCCCUGCCGUCGUUUCUCCUGCCGCUGUUUCUCCCGCCGCCUCUUCCACCGCAAUUCCGGCUUCGGGUUUUACCCCGUGCCCCUUGCACUCCUACCAAGUCGCUCGACCCUCAGCGCGCUUCGCUGCCGGGGGAGAUCGCUCGCCUGUCGGUUUCCUUCCCGCAGACUCUGGAAACGCCUCGCCGUCACCGCCGGCGACGGGAGUGGCGUCAGAUGCGGAGAGCAGUCCUCACAGAUGGUAUCAGGCGGCGACGUGGGAAUCGAACUCGGAGGAAGAAGGCGGACCGAACGAGGGGGUGGAGGCGCUGGAAGGGACUGAUUCAGCAGGCCGCGAUUGGCGGCAUAGGAUGCGAGACGAAGAAAGAUUGGGGGAGAGUUGUAGAGAGAGUGAAAGGAUUGAGGACGAUGGUACGGAGCAGGAGGACGAAGAUUCCGUGGCGUCGCAGCUGAAAGCUGAUUGGGUGCCGCGAAAGGCGCUGACGGGAAAGGGCAUGGAGAAGUCUGCAUCGACGGGCGAGCUAGCGCAACUCGUGGAGGCAGCAGCGGCUGCUGCGGCGUCGUUCGCGGGGCGAACUAAUGCGGGGUUCUCGCCGGCCACAGGGGCUGCAGGAUUGUCCACGUCGGCAGGAGCUGAGUCAGCAGGAGCGGGAGGGGGAGAGAGCAGUAGAGCGGUGGUGUAUGGAGGGAUGACGGAGGAGGGGAGGAGGAGGCAGCAGGAGUGGGAGGACGAAGCAGCGUGGAUAGUCUAUGAGAUCGCUGCAGCGGUGGCGUAUUGCCACAAACGGGGCAUCUUACAUCGAGACAUCAAACCAGAGAACGUUCUCUUGACUCUGCCGCCCAGCUCCCAGCCAAUCACCACCCACGCCUCUCCACGUUCCCCUUGCACCACAGCUGCGUCCUCCGAGGACCAAAAUUUCCGUUCUGCCCGUGUUGUGGGGCGGUCAACGUCAGUGGGGCAGUCAACAUCAUUAAAGCCAAGCAGUGAGUUUCUGCGCAAGAGCCCCUCCUUUUCUAUCCUCGCCACAGCUGCUGGUGCUCAUGCUGCCGACGGUGAGGCUGGUGGGGCGAGGGGUAGGCUCGUGGCAGCAGAGUCAGGGCGCUAUCAGGCAGCCAGUGUGGGUUCUGCUGCUGCCCAUCCACCCCACGCUGGUGGGGCCCAUUGGCAUGGCAGGGUGCAUGGCAGCGUGCAUGGGAACGCGCAUGGGCACAGGCGCUCUGGCUCUCUCGCCAGCUGGCUGGGUCGAACCAGCCUGCGGAAGAAGCAGCAGCAGCAGCAGGAGCAGCAGCAGCAGCAGCAGCAGAAGCAGGAGCAGGAGCAGCAUCAGCAUCAGCAGCUGAUGCAGCAAAUGGAGGAUGGGGAGCAGUCUUUCAAGGCAGGCCGUUCGGAACUUUCCAUUUGUACUGCUGCUGUUGCUGCUGCACUCCCCUUGUGCACCUGUGCAUGCAAGCAGCAGCACCAACACUCCAACAAUACCCCUCUCCCUGCUCUCAGUGAAGUGCAAGGGCUGCGUUUGGCUGACUUUGGCCUGGCAGAGAAGCUUCGGCCAGGGCAGGCAGCCACACGAGGCCUUGUUGGCAGCCCUGCCUACGUGGCACCUGAGGUGGCGGCAGGGCUCCCCGUCAGCUUCCCUGCAGACGUCUGGGGCAUCGGAAUUUGUCUGUACAUGGUGUUGUCGGGCGGCCAGCUGCCGUUUUCUGGGCGGCGCACUCGGCUGCUGUUGUUGAAUAUUCGGCGGGCGCAGCUUCCUAUGGGGACGGCGGCAUGGGUGAGUGUGUCGGGAGAGGCGAAGGAUGUGGAGUCGCCUGUGGACGAAGGCGAGGGCAACAGUCAGGCGAUGAGCAAUCCGCUGGAUGCGCUCACACGUGACUUCGAAGAAGAGGAUAGGCAGCGAGCGGCAGCGGCGCCACCUGCAGUAACGACGAUCAAGAUCAAGCCCGUCAACCCGCCCCCGUUUAAUCCUACGGACAAAACGACUACAGUGAAGGGGUGGCUGUUUGGUUUCGAGGUCUGCGGGCGUUAA